AGGGGCAAGGGAAGGGCGAGGACGAGGACGAGAAUGGGGAAGUGAAGGCGUGGCCUGUCGAGGGAGGGCUGGGCGUCUUCCAGGCGAACGAGGUUUGCGCGAGGGACGGGUGUUGGAAAGCGGGUGGCCGCUGUGCUUGGCUUGGAAGGGCAGCUCUGAGUGGGGAGACGCUGACUGGAACAGGCGGUGCUCGGGUGGCAUGGGCCGUGGGGUUUGUGGCUUGUGCGUUGGGAAGGAGAGGAUUGGGCGGGGCGCAGGGCAGGUCGUGGCGCUGUUUCUGUAUGGCUGGCCGGUGCUGAGUUUGAACUCUAGAGACUCUCUUUUCUUCGGCCUCGCUUCCGCUCGCUCGAUCUUUGCGAGAAGUACGAGCACUGUAGGCAAACAGGCAGGCAGACGCAGGCAAGCGUUAUGGAGAGUGUAGCAGCAGUGUCAUCGUCAUCGUUGUUGUGCUCAUACCAGCUGCGUAGGCCCCUGAAGGGUUUGGUCUCGUUCUCUAAAGGUGAGCUUAUCAGGUUGCCAGCCCAAUGUUUGAUUUUAGUUCGCAGUAAGAACCAUUCGAUUGGAGCUGAAGUGAAGAUUUCGGAAAGGAAAGAUUUUCUGAGCAGAAGACCAUCACGUUUGAACGCCACUACCUCAGAUACAUUUUCCAGUCCCAAAACUGGUACACUCGGCGAAGAUCGUUUCAAGGAUGGAGCAGUUCCUGGUACCUAUUGGAAUGACAGCCUUGACUUAGGAGAGGAGGCAACCGUUUGUUUCAACACAGGCUCAAACACAGCUGAGUCGAGUGACUAUAAUUCGUUCAAAAUGCUACUCACAGUGUCCGAGAAGGUGGGCCGCAAUAGAGAGUUGAACAAUGCUCAGCGGAAGUUGAUUUGUCUUCAUAAGGAGGCUACAUCCAUCACGAACCGAGAGUUGAGUCUAUGGGCAACCGAGAAGUUCCAAUUUCCCGUGUCGGAGAUGACCAUCUCACGCACGCUCAAAAGGAGAGAUCAAUGGAUCUCAGACAAAGCAUCACCUGAUGGCAAACGAGCACGCAAACUUGUCUGCCCUGAAGUAGAAGAAGCCACAUAUGCUUGGUUUCUUGCCAUGCAAGACAAAGGUGCGCCCCUGACCGAUGCUUUGGUGUGUGAAGCUGCCAAGCGCUUUUAUUCAAGCGUAGAACAUACUUCUGCGGCAAAGCAGCUUGUUUUCUCACACGGGUGGCUGGGACGUUUCAAGAAGCGACACGGUAUCAAAGGAUAUGUGAAGCACGGUGAAGUUGUCCCAGUUGAGACAAGGCAACCAAUGCCCGACCAGAUUGAUGCUAUCAAAGCAAUCAUAUCUGAUUUCGAGCCUGCAGACAUCUUCAGUAUGGAGGAGACAGGACUCUUGUACAGGCUGGAGCCUAAUAAAGGCUUGGCAGCAAAGAGAACGAGUUUUCUCAAGAAGGCGAAUGAGAGAAUUACCGUUGCACUCACUGCCAACAUGGAUGGAAGCAUGAAACUUCCUCCUCUGGUUAUCAACAAAUACAACAGGCCUCACGCUUUCGCGUCAAGAAAUAUUUCUAAUCCUGUUAAUCUGGGCGUCCUUUGGCACGCUAAUCGAUUAGCCUGGAUGAGUAUCACCAUCUUUGAGAAAUUCCUACAGGACUUCGAGAACAGAAUGAUGUUUGCUGGCAAGAAGAGAGUCUUGCUGCUUGUGGACAGUGCACACAGUCAUAAAUUCGGCAAUGUGGAAAAAGACUUGAGAAUCACUGUUGUCAGAUUCCUACCAAGUUCUUCUGGCCUUGGUCAGCCGCUAGAUGCUGGACUAGUGAGCUGCUUCAAGGCUUACUACCGCACUCUUCUGCUCAAGCAUCAGGCCAACUGUCGGUUGAUGGGAAAGGAUGCGAGGAUUGAUGUAUAUAACGCCGUAGUUCUCUUGGAGAAAGCAUGGAGGUCACAUGUGACGCCAAUCACUAUCUCAAACUGCUGGAGAUACACGGAACUGUGUAGGAAGAGAUCCCAGCCCCACAUCCUCGAGAACCUAAACGGGUCUCCAGGUCACUGGCAACCGAGACACUCGUUUGAGCUAAACGAGCAACUUAAUGAAAUUUCCGAACUGCUAGAGCAGUUUGGAGAGCAGUCAAGCAUGAUUGGUUUGGUUCCCGACAUGACUGCGCUGGAGUAUGUACAUUUUGAGGAGCAGAAUGGAUUCGCGAUCUCCCAUGAGCCUAGUGAAGAUGAAAUUUGGGAAACCUCGUUGGCCACAGAUGAGAUCGAGGAAGAAACAGAUGUGGAUGGGCCUGUCGAGAAUGUUCUUCCCAUCAAUUUUUCUUCAGUUCAAGGUUCUUUAGAGAGUAUAGCAAUGUACUUACUACAGCAGCAAGAAGAUGUGACAGACCUGCUUCAAAAACUCAGGGUCCUUGAUAGCAAUUUAGCCAGUCAUCACAAAGCUGUAGCUAGACAGCGUGAUAUAACUCGACUAUACAUAACAACCGGUUGAAGUAAAAACGCUCUCAAGUUUUG